AUUAGUCUUUGAAGUUCGUCGGUGUGACAGGUUCGCGUCCGCUGGUGGCGACAAACUAACAAAUGCUGCUGGAUUAACAUAAAAAACAACAAAGGAAACCUCCCACAUUUUAUGAUAAAGAUAGUGUUGGCUACAGUAAACGUAUUUAUCCGUUGAAUGUCGGUGUUUAAUCUCAUUUUCCCGUCGGUUCUGCUCGUAAACGCAGCAGAGAAGCGCACGUGGGGGACAGACGCAGUGUGAGCCAGACUUCCUCGCGAGUUAGAGAGAAAGAGAGAGAAGGAGAGAGAGAGAGAGAGAGAGAGACAGGAAGAAGUGUAACAAAAAAAAAGAAAAAACGGAUAUAAGACAAUGACCCACGCUUCUCCUCCUCGACUUUAACUUCUUUUUUUUAGCGACACAUGAGAGCCAGCAGCUUAUAGUGGCCGCUGUGUUUUUUUUGGGGGGGGAUUAUUCGGUGCGCCGUUUUGCGACUUUUAUCUGCAGCGAGUGGAUACUUCAGGGUCUGAAAGGGAAGACAUGGGGACUCAGGGCACAGGACGGAAAAGGUCUACCAAGAAGGAGAGGUCGACGGCGGAGGAUGAUGCCCUGAAUCUCAUAGCGAGAGAGGCCGAGGCCAGGCUGGCAGCGAAGAGGGCAGCGAGGGCAGAGGCCAGAGAGAUCCGCAUGAAGGAGCUGGAGAGACAACAGAAAGAGAUCUUUCAGGUGCAGAAGAAAUAUUAUGGCUUGGACACCAAAUUAGAUGACCGAGGGGACAGCAAAUGGGGAGAUAUUGAACAAUGGAUGGAGGACAGUGAGAGAUACUCACGUUCUUCACGGAUACACACGCUCUCAGACGACGAUGAGCGGAUGUCAGUGGGAAGCCGGGGCAGUGUCAGGUCGGAUCUUGACGCUGUUGGGGCUUACGGUGGAGGGGGCUCCUCCUCACUCUCACUUAAGAAGUCAAAGAAAAAGAAGAAACAUAAGCACAAAGACAAAGACAGGAACGGCUAUGAUGAUGAUGAUUACAGUGUAAUGUCCAGCAGGAGCUCCAGACUCAGUGAUGAAAGCAGAGUGUCUCGCUCCUCCAGACUAGACCUAACGAGCUCCAGACUAAGUGAUGACAGCCGGGUGUCUCGUGCCUCCAGAUUAGACCUGCAGCCGGCUCCGUACGCUUCCUCUGACUUGUACAACUUCAAUGGUCUGUCCUCUUCCAGAAACCAGGGUUCAGCUUUCAAUGGUUACCAGAGCUCCUUAUAUGAAGACAGCCUUGGCACUGGGUCACGGCGAGCCGCUGGUUCCACCUCUCACCCUUUAGAGUACACUAGUUAUCGCAGCUCCGGCUCCAGAGCCUCCUCCAGAGCCAGUUCGGCCCGCGCCAGCCCAGUGGACAACUGCGGCUCUGUUGCCAGCUUUUUGAGGAGUGCGGCCAGUAGCAGUGGCAUCCCCCGAGACCUGGACGAUGUUACUAUUCCUGACUUUUCUGAUGUGGAGGACAGAGAUUAUCUUGAGAAGGGAUCUCGACCAGCUUCUGCCUUAACAGCAGGAACCCUCACGUCUUUAGGUGGGACUUCCUCACGUAGAGGAAGUGGCGAGACGGCUAUAACUGUAGACGCAGAGGCCUCUAUACGAGAAAUUAAGGAGAUUCACGAACUGAAGGAUCAGAUUCAAGAUGUGGAAACCAAGUACACGCAGAACCUAAAAGAAGCCAAGGAUGCAUUAGCAGAGGUGGAGGAGAAGUAUCGUAAGGCCAUGGUGUCCAACGCCCAGCUGGAUAACGAGAAAAACAACCUCAUGUACCAGGUGGACACACUCAAGGACUCGCUCAUGGAGCUGGAGGAGCUGCUGUCUGAGUCGCGCCGGGAUUAUGAGGAGAAAGUCAAGGUACAGCAAGCAGACAGAGUGACAGUCUUUAAAACUGAGGAUAUUAUAGAAUGGCUAAAGGCAGACAAAAGUGAAGAGCUGCCCCUAAAUGACAUCCGUCAGCUGCGGAUCAAACAGGAAGGUUUUGUCAGAGAAAUAGCUGACCUGCAGGAGACGGUGGAGUGGAAGGAUAAAAAAAUUGGGGCCUUAGAGCGACAGAAAGAAUACACAGAUGCAAUCCGAAUUGAGCGAGAUGACCUCAGAGAAGAGGUUGUGAAGCUGAAAGACAUUCUGAAGAAACAUGGAAUAGUAUUGGGACCUGAUCUAAACAUCAAUGGAGAAAUUGGUGAGGCCGAAGUUGACGGGUCCCCCAGUGCAGACCUUGCUUCCCAACCGGCUCCGGAUUCACAGACUUCCCCAGUUGAGGGGAACAGCAUGCUCGAGAUUCGCUUGAGGAAACUGGUGGAUGAGCGUGAAAAAAUGAUAGAGCAGGUCAAGAAAUUAAAGGCCCAGCUGGAUCAGAAGACACAGAGGAAUGGCACAGAGAACACUUCAAGCCCAGAUGGUGAAAUUCUUGAAAACGGCAACGAUCCAAACAUAUUAGAACUGCAGAGAGAUUCAAACAGACAAAUAAGUGACUUGAAGUUCAAACUGGUGAAGGCUGAGCAAGAAGUCACGGCUUUGGAACAAAAUGUGACCAGACUCGAGGGUCAGGUGACGCGCUACAAGUCUGCAGCCGAGAACGCAGAGAAAGUGGAGGAUGAGCUGAAGGCAGAGAAACGGAAACUACAGAGAGAGUUACGAUCAGCGAUGGACAAGGUCGAUGAACUUGAGUCAAACAACAGCCACCUUUCU